CCUUCCUUAGCCCUUCUACAACGGUACGGCAUAGACCUACGCAUCACCUGCUACACAGACCAGGUUUCUUUGUUUCAUCUUUGGCACCUCACACUCCCCUGCGACUCCUCUAGCGACCCUUGUACGACCAUGCGUCCGUGCAUCCUCUUGAGCCUCGUGACGGCACUUGCACUAGAAGCUCAAGCAGCCUACAAUCGGGCCUCUUCUGAUAAUAUAGUCAUCUACUGGGGACAAACAGGCGGAGGCAAUCAAACAUCACUUGCAACCACUUGUGCUUCCUCUGGCGCUGAUAUUGUUGUCCUUUCCUUCCUCACAACCUUCUUUGGACCCGGCGGCUUACCUGUCCUCAACUUUGCCUCCCACUGCAGCGAACAAUUUCCGGGCACCAACUUGCUCAAGUGUGAUGCCAUUGCCAGGGGAAUCCAAACUUGUCAGGACCUUGGCGUUCUUGUCUUGCUGUCUCUCGGCGGUGCUGUAGCGAAUGUUGGCUUCUCCAGCGUUGCGCAAGCAAGCGGAUUUGCUGACACCCUCUGGGACCUCUUUGGUGGCGGUAGCUCCAAUACACGUCCUUUUGGAACGGUCGUCUUGAAUGGCUUUGACCUGGAUAUUGAGCAUGGCUCGCCUGAGCAUUACACGGCCCUAGUCACGCAAUUGCAACGCCAUUUCCAGCAGAGUGGGAGGACAUACUACAUGGCAGCCGCACCACAAUGUCCAUUUCCAGAUGCGACUCUCGGAAAAGUACUGGAUGAAGCACCCUUUGAUUUUGUCUUUGUUCAGCACUACAACAACCCUAGCUGUGCGAUUCCAGCAGGUCAAGGUUUCAAUGCAGGUACUUGGCAGACGUGGGCCAAGACGGCACCCAAUACCAAUGUCCAGCUCUUCGUGGGUGUACCUGCUGCGCCUGCUGCCGCCGGAUCAGGCUAUGUCGAUGCAGCAGCUAUUUCAACCGCAAUGCAGCAAAUCAAGUCGCAAUUUGGCGAGACGCGACUUGGCGGCGUCAUGUUUUGGGAUGCCUCCUUCUUGAGUGGCAGAGAGAAUGUCGCAACCGCCGUCAAGGCAAAGCUGGGAAGUGCACCAGCUGGUCCGCCUCAAGCUGAUAAUGUUGCCGCUGCAAUAGCGACUCCUCCACCAGCUGUGCCUAUCGUGCCUCCAUCUAGUACAGCUCCUGUCACAACAUUUGUCUACGUUGCAGGCAUCGGCCCAGAAGCAAGUCCCCAAGCAGCUUUACAGCAAGCUAGCUGGGGCGAUGGUGACGGCGCACCUUGUCAAAUUGAAGGACAAAUGCAGUGUCGUCCAACUGGCGCAUUCGCUACAUGCGAUCAUGGUGCUUGGGUCAUUCGAGCGUGUGCGCCCGGUACGGCAUGCAGACCCGCUGGUGAUAGUAUUGUUUGUGAUUAUGCAGGGGCACCGUCAAGAAACAGGAGAAAGCGAGCUGGACAGUAUAUGCAUGAGCAUGAGCACUUGCUCAGAAGGACAUGAGCGAUGGUUUUUGGCAGUCUUAGGUAUGUAGAUUACUUGUAGACAAUGUAGAGUAUUUUGACGUGUAGCGAUCGCCAGUUGUAGGAUCAUCCCGCGCCAAAUGCAAUCGCCAGGAAUGACGAGGUGCUCCAGCAUCGACGUCGCAUUGAUGUUGCUAGAAAGAGACAGGAGACAGCAUAGGGUGUAGAUAUCCAGUCUGACCCUCUGAAUGUCCUUGUCCCUCUAAACAACAGCUGCAUGGCC